GGUAUUUGGGCUAGUUAAGCCCGUCUCUCUCUUCCAUUCCAUAGGGAAUGAGUAGGGCUGUCCUUUCUCUCCACGUCCACCUGCACUUCGUUAGAGAGCUGAGCUUUUACACGCCACACCACGAGAUCCCCACAAUGAAAUAACUCCAUUCAGAGACUGGCGUGACUGGGCUGGUUCCCCCCUCCCCUCAGCUCUUGUAUCACUAAAAAUCUGGCAGCCAGUUCCGUCCCGACAGAGUUUACAGCAUAUAUUGGUGGAUUCUUGUCCUUAGUGCAUCUGCUUUAAGAAUUAAGGAAAGCAGUGUCAAGACAGCAAGGAGUCAAAGCACUUGCGAAAAUGAACCUGAGUACAUUCACUCUCUUGUUGGCAUUAAUCGGUGGUGCCAGUGGGCAGUACUAUGAAGAUUAUGAAUACUACCCCAUAGGAGUCUAUGGGCCCUCAUCACCAAACUGUGCACCAGAAUGUAACUGUCCUCCAAGCUAUCCAACUGCCAUGUACUGCGAUGACCUGAAACUGAAAAGUGUGCCAAUGGUGCCUCCUGGAAUCAGGUACCUUUACCUUAGAAACAAUCAGAUUGACCACAUUGAUGAAAAGGCCUUUGAAAACGUGACUGAUCUGCAGUGGCUCAUUCUAGACCAUAACCUUCUAGAAAAUUCCAAGAUAAAAGGAAGAGUUUUCUCAAAACUGAAACAACUGAAGAAGCUGCAUAUAAACUACAACAACUUGACAGAGUCUGUGAGCCCACUUCCCAAAUCUCUGGAGGACCUGCAACUUACUCACAACAAGAUUAGGAAGCUCGGCUCCUUUGAAGGACUGGUAAACCUGACCCUCGUCCAACUUCAGCACAAUCAGUUGAAAGAGGAAGCCAUUUCAGCUGCUUUUAGAGGCCUUAAAUCGCUGGAGUACCUUGACUUGAGCUUCAAUCAGAUAGCCAAACUGCCUUCUGGGCUUCCUGUUUCUCUCCUGACUCUCUACUUAGACAACAACAAGAUCAGCAACAUUCCUGAUGAGUAUUUCAAGCGUUUUAGUGGACUGCAGUAUCUGCGUUUAUCUCAUAAUGAACUGGCUGAUAGUGGAAUACCUGGAAAUUCCUUUAAUGUGUCAUCCCUUUUGGAGCUGGAUCUCUCCUAUAAUAAGCUUAAAAACAUACCAACUGUCAAUGAAAACCUUGAAAACUAUUACCUGGAGGUCAAUGAACUUGAAAAGUUUGACGUGAAGAGUUUCUGUAAGAUCCUAGGACCAUUAACCUACUCCAAGAUCAAACAUCUGCGUUUGGAUGGCAAUCGCCUCACCCAUACUAGCCUGCCGCCUGAUAUGUAUGAAUGUUUACGUGUAGCAAAUGAAAUUACCGUGAAUUGAUAUCUUCUAAUUUCAGAUAUAUUGAGGUGUAUCCUGGAACAACACUUUAUGGCUAUGAUUUCUUGUGUCACUUUUCAUAGUAUCAUAUUUUAAUGUUUCUUACUUCUGUGAAUUUUAAAUUUUGAGGGAAAGUGUUUUGUAAACAUUUUACCACUCAUUUUACUAGAGAAAAGAUGAAAGGCAGGCCUAUUUCAUCACAAGCAUACACACAUACACACAUAGACUCCACACUUACCACUUUAUUUGUAAAUUUAGUAUUUUCUAGAUGAUUCCUAUCAAAUGAGAUAUAUAGCCUUAUACUGGUUGCAUGGAAGUCAGCCAAGUUUUCUAAUCUCUAAAUCUUAACUUAAUGUAGCAAAAAGCAUGGAUGACAUACGGAUAUUUUCUAUUUUGAACUAAAUCUUCGCAAUAUAUUCAAAUUUGUUUCAUUAAAAAAUAGAUGGUAUAUCUUGAGACCAAUAAUUUUGCAAAAUAUUAGACAAAAUUCAUGAAACCAGAUACAUUUAAAGAAGUAUUUUUAGUAUUAAAAAUGUACAUGCUUACCAAGUGAAACUUUUCUAGAAUUAUUUUUCACUCUAAGUCAUGUGUAUGUUUCUUUUUUGGUUAUUUGCAUGUUAUGUUUAACAAGCUAAUAGCAAAAUAAAACAUAGCAAAAGGCAUCACUGUGUUCACUUUUUUUGUGUGAAAUGCAUUUCUCUGGUAUAUAAAAACAUAAAAGAAUAGAUUAGAGGUCAAAAGGUAUCUCUAACCUACAGUGUGUUACCAAGGUUAACAUAGAAUUUUCUACUAAAUAGUUUAUUUACUUGCACCAUCCAUUCAGAAGGAGUUUUUAAAUAUAUCAUACAAUAUGUAUUUCUAUUUCACAACUUGUUUGAUUAUUUUCAAUUAUUCCCAUUCCUGUUGUUUUUACAAAGGAGCCCUAGUGGUGCAGCUGUUAAGUGUCUGACUGCUAAUCAAAAAGUCAGUGGUUUGAACCCACCAGCUGCUCAGCAAGAGAAAGAUAUUGCAGUCAGCUUUCAGAAAGAUUAUAGCUUUGGAAAUCCAAUGGGGCAGUACUACCCUAUCCUAUAGAGUCGCUAUGAGUUGGAAUCAACUCUAUGGCAACGGGUUUGGCUUUUUGUUGUUGUUGUUGUUUUUACUGACUCAUAUGCCAUUGCAUAAAUUAAAUAAGAAACUGGUAUAAGAACUCAGCAACCACCACUUGGUCAUUAAGUAAAAAGUGGCAGAGAAGUUUGAAACUGUUGAAUGACUGUAAGUUUUUUGAAAAUAAGACUUUACAAAUCAGUUUGUCUUGAAGCCAAUGUGUUUGGAUCAUAGAGUUUGAUUUUAUAACCUAGUAAUAACAGCUCUCAGUUUUCUAUACAUAGGUAUCAACUAUUCAAUACAAUGGCAAAUAGUAGGAUAUGUAAUUUAUAAAAAUAACUUUCAUUUUGCCUAGUUAACAAGAAAUUCUGUAUUUGGAGGAAAAUGUCCAGUCAAAAAUGUAUUCAUCACAUAUGAAUGUUUAGAUAGUGAUAUAUGUGUCCAAAACAAUGACUAUAACUCUCUAAAGAUAAUACAUUUUAAGAGAAUAUGUUUAGUGGCUUUAUCUUAUAGUAAAAUGGCCUAUCAUCCAAGGACUAUCAUCAAGACUGAGUUGACUGGUAGAUGUUUGAGAAUGGUAUUAUAUUAACUGGGAAUUUUCGGUUUUCUUGUCUUUUGUACAUAAAGGUAGGUUUCUUGAGCUAUGAAGCA